AUGAAUAUUCCCUUUGGAAAAAAUCCAUUUCUUAAUUUAGAUGAGUUUAAUACAGUGAGUAGCAAAGAUAUUCAAGAAACUGUUCAGUUACGUCGUCUUUCUGAUGUUCGAUCAAUUAUUCGUGGUUCUUCACCUUUAUCAAAUAGUCCAAGUAUAGAUAAAUAUGAUCAAUUAAAAAUUCAGUAUCAAACUUUAAAAUAUGAUUAUUCUAACGCUAAAAACAAAUGGGAUGUGGAAAAAAUAAAUAUGGAAAAAAGAAUUUAUGAAAUAGAACAAAAAAAUGAUGAAAAGGAUAAAAGAAUUCAUGAACUAGAAAAAGAUAAAAGAUUUUUAUAUGAAAAACAUAAAGCAGAAAGUGAUGAAAUAUCAAAAUUAAAAGAUGAAUUUUCAAUACAAAAGCAAGAAUUUGAACGAAAAAUAAGAGAUCUUCAAAAAAUAAAUAAUUAUGAUAAAGAAAACAUUGCUGACAAAAAAAGUGAAGAAAAAUCUAUAAUUAAUUUACUUCAAAGGAAAAUAGAAACUUUAGAAUUAAAAAAUACAGGUUUAGAGAAAGUUGUGGAUGGACUAAAAGAUGAAUUACGUUCUAAGAAUACAUUAAUAAAUCAAAAACACCAGUCUUUAUUAGAAGCAAAUGAAUUGAUUGAUGCUCUUCAAAAAAAAAAUAAUACUUUAGAAAUUGAAACAAGCGAUUUAAAAGACAUUAAAAUAUUAAAUAGAGAACUAUCUGAACAAUUAUCUUAUAUUAAAUCACUUGAAAAAAAAAACUUACAACAAGCUCAAGAAUUAAAACAGCAUCGAGAAACUCAUAAAUCAAUCCAAAUACUUCAAGAAGAAAAAACAAAUCUUGAAUUCCAAUUAAAAUUGAUGGAUGAUCUUCGACAACGGUUGGGAGAGUCUGAAAUAGAAUGUACUAUUUUAAAACGUGAAAAAGCAGCCUGGGUAGCUUAUUUAAAUGAUGAUGACCAACGAGACUUUGAUUCUCCAAAAGCACUAAGCGUAGCUCUUGCUCAACAAAGAAUUGAGAAUGCAGCUUUAACUGAAAAAUAUAACAUUUUAGAAACCGAAUUAAAAGCAAAAGACAUUUUACAUGUAUCUACAUGCUCAAAAUUAAUGGAAUUAACUAAUAAAAUUUCCGAACUUGAAGAAAAAUUAAAUUUUACACUUAACAGUAAAAUACGAUUAGAAAGACAAAAAACUUUAAGUCAAAAAGAAGUUGAACUUUUACAAGAACAACUGCGUUCUUAUAUUUCCGAAGAAAUGACAUUUAUGAAUAAUAAUUAUGAUGCACAAAAAAUAAAAAGAAUACAGAAUUUAGAAAUAAUACUAGAAGAUUAUAAAAUUGAAAAUAUGAAAAUAUCCAAUGAAUUGCAAGAGUUAAAAGAUCAAAUAGCAUCUAAAUCAACAGAAGUAUUGAAACGUGAGCGUGAAGAAAUAUCUGAUCGUCAUGAAAGAGAAGGUGAUUUAUUACGACGCAAUAAAACAUUAUCAGAAGAACUGUCUAUUGUUAAUAAAAAUUACAUACUUUUACAAAAAGAACUAGAAUCGUUACAACAACAAUUGUCUUAUAUUGAGCUUACUUCUAAAAAUAACAAAUGCUAUCCUCAAACAACUCGUAUAUUAGAACUACGGAAUAAUCCAACAUCUAUUUUUCAAAAUUUGAGACAAUCAACUCUUGAUCAAUUAAAGAAAGAAAAUUCAGCACUUUUGAAACAAAUAGAAAAAAAUUCUGAUGAAUUUGGAGAAUUAGUAUUUGCUGAAAAAUCAUCUGAAUUUCGAGAAGCUGUGUAUUCUCUUUUGGGUUAUAAACUUGACUUUCUUCCUAGUGGCAGAGUACGUGUAACAUCAAUGUAUGCACAAAAAGGAGAUCACGGUUUCAUUUUCGACGGUGAAUCAUCAUCAUUACGUUUAAUAAAAGGAGAAAAUGAUAAAUUUGCAAAUUCAAUAGAAAAUUUAGUGAGAUUUUGGUAUGAAGAACGGAAAACCAUUCCAGGAAUGCUUUCAGCUUUGACUCUUGAAUUAUUUGAACAAUCUACAACAGGACAAUCAAAAGGUUGGGUUUAG